UGACGGCUCGGGUGAUCGUGUUAGUGAACCUCAGGGACGUUGGCCGCUAAAUUAGAAGAUGACUCAAAGAGCAACAAGUUAUUUAUUUUUUAUUUUUUUUAAAUUAUUAUUAGCUCAGCUUAACUGUGCCCUCUGGUGGACGUAUACGGGAGAACUCCUCACAGGCACUUUUCGGUUUACGUCGUUUUAGCUCGUUGUCUCGCUACAGGAGGAGUUUCCUUCAUAUUUAAGAUUAUUCUCAAAUACGUAACAGGAAUUGAAGUGUGUUUCAAACCGACGUAGUAACUUGAAGAAGACCCGGUGAGCCAGUGCGCCUGGUGGAGACGCGCUGAAGGAAGCAAAGUGGGGACGAGUUUACCAAACUACCGACAACCGGAUUUUUGGAUUUGUUUGUCCGCUUGCAAGGUUUGCCUACAGUGCCAAAGUGGUAGGACCUCAUCUAUCAGCUGGGCCGGAUGUGCUGUAUGUGCGGGUCACCCCCACCGCCACUUUGAUCUGGGCUGGGCAGGAGAGCAGCAAGUACCAGCAGGACCCUUCUGUGGCCAAACUGACUGCAGGAUGGGUAGCUUUUCCAGCAAGGACAGCCAUGGAAUCUCCGGGAACCACUUGGAUAGUUUCCACACUCCUCCUGCUUCCCCACAAAGUGACGAACCUGGAUUUGUACCUGGUGCUCCCCAGCUCCUUCCCCCCACAUCACCUAAAUCUCCCUGUGCAGUUUUAUCUUCACCUCCUGUCUCGGUGCUCGCAUCCUCCUCUGUGAAACGAUCACAGCCAAGUUCUGCCAUUCCUUCUCCUGAGUGGAGGCCUCCCCCUCCACGGCUCAGCUCAAACAGAUCCGCAACACUCUCAGCAGUCUGUCCAGUUUCCACCAAGCCAGAAAGUACAGUAGCAGUGAAAGGACACAUUACUUUGGGCAGAAAUGAGGCUCCUUCUACUUCUACACCUCAGAGUGGGGUUUCACAGGGCAAGUGUGUGCCUGUCAGCCCUACGACGAGCUCUUCUUCGUGUAGCUCCUCACCGGCUGUGUGCAGCUCCUCUGGGCCAAAAUGGAGAGAAAGGGACAGCGGUCUGAGUCACUCUUUGUUGCCAGGUCCUGAGGCCAGAGAUGUCCAGUCCGAGGAACUGACAAGGCUGUUGGACGAGUGGCGGACAACAUUAGGGACCUCUGAACGUCAGGAUGGGCCCACAGAUGUAAUAGCAAUGCUGAAACAUCUCCAGGCAGAAGUGAAGAAUUUGAAGAGUGCAAUGCAGAGCGAGCGAACGGAAUGGCUGCAGUUCCAGGCUGACCUUCAGGUUGCAGUGUCAGUGGCUGAGCGUCUAAGAGCCGAGGCUGAAGAGGAGCUGACUGCACUCCAGACGGCUCAUAAAGAUGUGGAGAGGGAACUGGCUGCUGCCCUGCACAGACGGAAGGAGGCUGACAUGCAACUUGUCACUUUGAGAGGGGAGCUGGAGGAGAGCAGGCAGAGGCUGGCUACUCUGAGUCAGACUCCAGACAAAACUAAUGUCCAAGAAGGAGAGAAGACCGAAGUGUUGAAGAACUCUGACAGCGGAGAGGGUUGUCAGAGGGGCAGGGAGAGAGGUGUGUACCGGGUGGCGGGGAGUUCGAAUGACACUGUGAAAAGUGUUGUCAGAGAGGACUGUGUGGCUGUCACUAAACAAUACCUGAGAAAUGUAACCAAUGAGGGAAGGAGGAGGAAAGACGUGCGAUUGGAUGAGGCACAAAGAACAGCAACCACUGAGAGGUCAAGCCUGUCCAGAUUACCAGCGUACUCGGACUCCCUCACAUUACAGAAUGGAACUUCCCAGUCAACCACUUCCACAACACCUGAAUCAGCAAAUAAGAAUUUGGUACAAUUUAGAGGACGAAGAAGUCUGGACCAAGAAGAGAGCAGGUCAAACACUGAUUCAGGGAAACGUGAAGAAACUCUGAACAAGUAUAACUCAACUCUCUCUGACCUGCCAUCAACCAGGUCCCAGGAUGGUUUCAACCUGCUCCUGCGUCGCCAUGGAGGCUCAAAGAGGAACUCACUAUUACGUUGGUGUCAGAGCCAAACCCAAGGCUACCAAAAUAUUGACAUUACCAAUUUUAGCAGCAGCUGGGUGGAUGGCCUUGCAUUUUGUGCUGUUUACCACACCUACCUCCCCUCACAUAUUCCUUAUAGCAGCCUCAGUCCAGACAACAAGAGGCACAAUCUCAGUCUCGCAUUCAAAACAGGCGAGACUGUCGGGAUUGCCCAAUCUUUGACUGUUGAUGACAUGCUGCGUGCAGGUGGUCCUGACUGGCAAAGAGUCCUAAGCUAUGUGGAAAGCAUGUAUCGUCACUUUGAGAUGUGACUGAUGAAGGUACUAAAAGUCAGUGCUGUUGCUUGAGUUGUAAUAUAAGGCCAAAACUAACUAUAACAAGAAGAUGCUGGCUUGGUGAAUGCUUGGCUUUAUUAGUUUGUUCUUGGUACUUGGUUUAUUCACAAAAAGUUUACAAGUGAAGAAAAACAUAAUCCAAUGUGAAGAAAUGUGACUUUGUAGAGACUGGCUCAUGUAAAAAGCUAUGUCUGGUGUCUACGUGCAUUGUCGUGACAUACAGUAUAAUGUUUUCCUCGUGUAUACUGAAUGUCAUUGUUUAUCCAAGUUGUUUGUAACACUGUAAAAACAUAAAAUGUUGACACAGAAAAAAAGCAAAAAGAAUGUUUCAAACUGAUCACUAUUUUUGUGAUAUCUGUCGAAGAGAAAAAAAAGAUGGAUACGCUGAAGUCCAUUUGUUUUUGUUUUUAAUACUAAAAUACAUUAAUUAUGCCAGAAGUUGCCAGGACCAUUUAGAAAGCUGGUACAGAUUGUUUCCUCAAUAUUGUCAGGUCAUUUUUAAAUAGUAGAAAAAAACACACCAGAAAAAAAAAGGUAAAUUAUCUCUGCGAUUAAAGUAGUUAUAAUGCAGUCUAAGGUCAAAUCCUGUUUGAUUGUGUUGGUCGAUUAAAACAUUUUUUAAUUGCAUGUUUUGUAAAUGUGAUUCAAAUCUCAGUUUGCGUACAAUGUAUGAAUCGUUCAUUCAUAAUGAAUACACUUCAUUUUAUUCAGGACGUGCCAUUGUACUGUGUUCAGAGUGAAAGUUACCUUAUUACAAUUCCCAUGGUUCAGGCCCUUUGAUAUAGUGUAAAGCACAUUUGCUGUGAAUGUCUCCAUACUGGCACUUAACUCACACACCAAGUACUGUAUUUCAGCUUGCUUUCGCCACAGAUCUGCAUGCAGAUGUUAUUGUGUACAUGUUAUUUUCUGACUGUAUGAUUUAUCAUGUGACAUAUGUAAAGCUUAGCCGAAACCUUUAGCUAUUGCCUAAUGUGCACUUAAGCCAGCACUUUGUUUAUCUGAGAAUCUGUUGUAAAUAUUGACUGCUGUUGUGGUCAUACAUGGACUUAUUUGGUUGCAGGAGCAGUGAACUAUCCAAGGUUGAAGUGUCCAGGCCUGGAUGGUAAUGAUCACAAUGUAAAAGUGACUCUAUUGAAAGUUUGACUGCGUUAAAUGCUCAGGGAUGUGCAUUAGGGGAGGUCAUAUACAAGGCAGCAGACGCUUGGAUGUCCAUCACACUAAUACUGACACACCAAAUGCCUUUCUUACUUGGUGAAAGUGACCUUUGUACUGGUGGUAAUAUGUACAUACCAAAUAUUUGACAAACCUUCAUUGUAAAAUGUUAAUAGGUAACUAGUGUUAAUACCAAAGGAAUAAAAUCUUGAUAUGAAGUAAA